AUGGUCUGCCAUAGCCGGAAAUUGUCCUCUUCCCGCUUAGCGCAAGCAGCACUUGCUACGAAUGCUCCAGCAGAGCCGACGGUGUUGCUUGCAUAUCCUACACCUUCAACACUGCAGCAUGAUCAGGCAGCGGAGGAUGAAGACGAGCCCGACGUAGAGCUGCUCCCUCCAGAGGAGGCGCGGUUGGAAAUCACGGACAGAGCGGCUGAGCAAUUAUGUGCCAUUGCAGAACGGGAGAACAACCCAAAUGCUGCACUUAGAGUUAUAGUUGAAAGUGGGGGAUGUCAUGGAUACCAGUACAAGAUGGUACUUGCGAAGCAGCGCGAGCCAGAUGACUACCAAUUCUCACAUCCAACACUGAAGCCUUCGAAUAUUCUCGUUGAUGCUGUCUCUCUUGCUUUGCUCAAGGGUUCAACAAUUGACUUUGCGACGGAGCUCAUUGGUAGCAGUUUCAGAGUUGUUGACAAUCCACAGGCGAAGGGCAGUGGUUGCGGAUGCGGAGUCAGCUGGGAGUUGAAGAUGUAG